GAAGUUAUGUUGCCUGCCAGUUUCGACCAUAAUGAAGAUGACGCCCGUUACGCUCAUCCAUAUUAAACGGAACCGCGGAGUCCAGAGGCAAAAGUUCAAGCAAUGUGACAUCCUUCAUCAAAGAUCCACCAGCGCGAGCCUUUCUGGGAGUACUUGAGUAGUUGACACCCCGUCGUUGAAAAACCACGGGCUUUCUGUCCUCUUUCGAUUUUCUUUUGCAGGUCUACCUAAGCUGUCAAGGUCGCUAUAAUGGUCCGCUCACUCUUUUACGCCUUGGCUGCCCUUGCGGCAUCAGCUGUAGCCCUUCCUCUUGACGUGCGCGAGAGAUUGUUCACUAUUGAGCUUGCACCAGGUGUUACGAAGGAGGUGACCGAGCCGGAGAAAUAUGAGUUGAAGGCUCAAGGUAUCAGAUUCUUCGACAUCACCGAGACGGGACCGAACGCGGCGGAUGUGAAGGUGGCAGCCGUCACGUAUCCCACGGCCGUUCAACAAACCACCGCUGUCAACGCCCUCAUCCCCAGCUUGAACCAGAACAACCUCAAGACUACGCUGACAACGUUCUCCAACUUCCAAAACCGCUACUACAAGUCUACUUACGGCCAGCAGUCCUCGGCUUGGCUGCUCCAGCAGAUCCAGAACGUCAUCACAGCCGCAAACGUUACAGCUGCUGUCAAGGCAGAGCCAUUUACUCACACCUGGGGUCAGUCCAGCAUCAUCGCCACGAUACCCGGUAAGACGACGAAUGUUGUCGUGCUCGGCGCGCACCAGGACAGCAUCAACCAGCGCAGUCCGCAGAACGGACGCGCUCCUGGCGCUGAUGACGAUGGAUCAGCCACUGUGGAGCUCUUAGAGGCGUUCCGUGUUCUUCUGACCGACUCAAGAGUGGCUGCCGGCCAAGCAACAAAUACCAUUGAAUUCCACUGGUACUCAGCCGAAGAGGGUGGUUUGCUGGGUAGCCAGGCUAUCUUCAACAGCUAUAAAUCGUCCGGAAAGGUCGUCAAGGCCAUGUUGAACCAAGAUAUGGCUGGUUACGUGGCACCAGGAACGACCGAGACUGUCGGUUUGUUCAGUGACUACGUCGAUACCGCUCUGACAACCUUUAUUGGAAAGUGCAUCAAAGCCUACACCAAGCUGCCAGUAGUUUCCACCAAGUGUGGCUAUGCCUGCUCUGACCAUGCUUCAGCGCGUAGUGCCGGCUACCCUGCUGCGCUGAUCAGCGAGUCUGCCUUUGAGGACACCAGUCCUUACCUGCACACCACCGAAGACACGCUCGAGACAGUCAACUUUCCUCACCUUCUCGAGCUGGCCAAGGUCAGCCUUGGAGCUGCAUAUGAGCUUGGCUUCGCCACUUUGUAA